AUGGCCUGCCUUCGCGUCACGGUGCGUCAGCCCAGCGGCGCCAGCUUCGAAGUGGACCUUGUAAAAAGCGGCAGCGGCACGCUGCAGCGAUUGAAAGCGCAAAUUGCGACCAGGACCAAGAUAGCCACCGCCCGACAAAAACUGUUGGUGGGGCAUGAGUUGCUGUCAGAACAGAUGCUGGAAGCAGAGACCGAAGGACUGGAGGUUCUGCUGAUUUCCUGUCGAUCCUGCAGCCUUGUGUCGCCAAUAUAUGCAGCUCCCGCUGUGUGGGAUGCGGAAGCCAAGACCUUGCUAAAGCCGGCUGUGGUGCAGGAUGGGCUACUUUUUCAGCACACCUGCGAUGCAAUGUAUUUGGAUGACGGUGAAGUCUACGUCUUGUUGGUCGCUGCCCGGGAAAAUCCUGAUGAGCACUGGCUGGACCUCUGGCGCGGUGUGCCGGGCUCGUCCGUGCGACAUUUCCCGCUGCCCAGUGACUGGCUGGAUGGAGGGCGAGGGGACGCCCAGCUGACACCGGAUGGAGAAUUCGUGGUUGCUUGGGGCGGCAUGGGAGAGACCUUGCUGUGGCGUGUCACGGGCGGAACGGCACAUGUCACGGCGGAUGGAUCCGAUUGGCCUGGCUGUCCUAGGGCGAUGUCGGUGGACUACGCCAUCUUUGACGGUGGGCAAGGACGGCUUCAAGUGUGGGACUAUCAUCAAGGAGUGCCGAAGCAUACCUUGGAGUUCCCGUUUGCGGGAUUCUCGGGCAUCGACAUGCUGAUUUCCCAUUCUGGUGCCUAUGUUGCCUUGUGGGCCUGCAACAAGGUGCUUGAAAUUUUUGCCGACAACGGAGAGCGCGUGGGCGACGUUUCCCCGGCCUUCGGUUUUCAUUUGAAGAAUAUGGCCUUCUCACCCGAUGAAUCGGAGAUCGCUCUGCAGUACCGAGAAGACCCUCUAAAACUGCGCGUCAUUCGGAACUUCAUCGCAACGGAUCGUCAGGAACUCAUCGUAGUGCUGCACAGCGAUUUUCCGCAUUAUUUCAUCAAAGUGGACUACUCCGCAGACGGCCAGACCUUAGCCGUUCUACAAGCCUCUGGUGCUCUGCACCGAUUCAAGCGACAAUCAUGGGACUCCUUGGAUGACAGCUGGGAAGAGCUGCCAUACAUGCCUAAGCCAAGCGCCGAGGAUGUGAUGCGCUCGGGCGUUUGCCAGGACUACAACACUUAUUUCCGUUACACCAGAGAUGGCUCAGUGGGAUUGAUGGAUUUAGAGUCUGGACAUUUGCUGCACUAUUUGCCGAUGUCAACAAGAACAGGUCUCACUGAUGACGGGUAUGCACGAGAAGCCUGCGCCGAGACGGCAGAGCAAGCUGCUGAGCUGCGGGAUGCAGCUUUGGAGGGUAUCUACCAUCGCUUGGUGCACCUGGUGGUCGGCUUGGUCACUGACAAGAUGCAGGGUGAGGCGAAGGCCAUCAGUCAAAGCAUCUCCAUCUUGGAAUUUCCCUCCGUUGAUCCAACCGCUCCACCGGGCUUCCACGGGCUUCUCUUACAGGGCCUGUCGGAGGCCCGCUUCGGCCGCAUCUUACAUGCUGCACGCCCCGCUGGAGCCAGUAAACUCCGGGACAGCUCGGAUGAUCAGGCGCGUGCCGCGGAAGAUCUGUGCGAAGAGUUGAUGAAGGCCUGCGAGAGCCACGAUGCGGACGUCGGCCAAGUCAAAGCUUGGGCGCAGGCCAAGAGUCAGGCGGAAGGCUUGAUGCACGUGAGCGGCGACAGCGUGACCAUCAGUGGGGCCUCAGGGGCUGUGCAGCAUGUGCUCAACCAGCGUUUUGUGACCGCCGCGAGUGGCAACAAGUUGUCCUCAGAGAUGUGUCAAGUUCUGGGACAAUCCUCGUGCAAACUUUGCCGCAGUGUGGCCUUGUCAAAACCCCCAUCCUCGGGCACUGAUGCGGCGCAGGAGGGCCUGGAGGCUUUGGAUCACAGUCUUCAGGGUGAGGCCAAAGCCUGGUUGGUCUGCUGCUUGCGUCCCAAUGAUGUUGGACAAGCGGAUCGUGUGAAUCGCGAAGUGAUGCUGCAGCAAGUGCAAGACCUUCGUUUGGCGGAUGCCGUUCAUCUCUCGGGCGGGCACUCGAUCAUUUGGCCCUUGCUGCUCAGCUCGGCUUGA